AUAUAUGGAUUGAGAAGUGAAUGGUUCAGGAGUUGAUCCAUGAAAAAAAGAAUUGUAAUAUCAUCAAUUAUUAUUACAAUACAAUAACACAAGUUGAUAUUUUAAUAAUUACAAGCUGUCGCGUGGUGGGGUUAGAGUCUAAUAAAUCAGAGCCCAAGUGGGGAAGAUGAAACAACAGAAACGCAGUUGUCUGAUAUGACUUCCUCUUUCUUUCACAACCCAGAUUUGGAAAUGCUGAAGAUGGAGGCGGAGCAUUCAGAUAUUAUAUUCGAUCAUGAUUUUCUGUCCUUCCACAUCUCUGAUUUCUCCACAGAUUCACAGCAGGCACCAACAGAAGAAAACAACAAUGAGCCAAAUCAAUCUGCAGUGAAGAAGUCCAAAGCUAAAGAAAUGCAGACGAAUAAGGAAAAGUCAUACAUAGGUGUCAGGAAGAGGCCAUGGGGAAAAUUUGCAGCUGAAAUCAGAGAUACAACACGGAACGGCGUGAGGGUUUGGCUCGGAACAUUUGAUAGUGCUGAGGAUGCUGCUUUAGCUUAUGACCAAGCUGCAUUUACCAUGAGAGGCGGUAACGCUGUUCUCAAUUUUCCGGUCGAAAAGGUGAAAGAAUCUUUGCAAGAGAUGGAAUAUGAUUGCGGCAAAGGGUGUUCACCUGCACUUGCACUCAAGGAGAGGCACUGCAUCCAAAGAAAAUCAUCAUCAAAAGGUAAGAAGAACAAAGAGAAACAAGUACCAUUGGUGCUAGAGGAUUUGGGUGUUGAAUAUCUAGAACAACUUCUAAGCAUAUCUGAUCAAAGUGAAAGCAGUACCAGCUACUUCAAUUAAACCGGUUUGCGCAUUUUAUUUCUAUUUAUUUUCAAUUUUAUCCCUUGUUGGUUUUGGAAUGUUUACGACAUCAAUUAUCUGGAGAACUUUAGGUUCUGUUGCUGGUUUUAGGUCCAGCGCUAGCCCUAUUUUGUUCUUUGAUCUAGUGUGAAAGAAAAUGUUCAGCAAUGAAUUCAAUGAUCUUACACUAGUAAUUGAGAUUCAUUAUUGUACUUUAAUGUAGAUCAAAUCGUUGAUAUAUAUGUGUGCUCACUCCUCUUUUGUUGAACA